CUAGCUCGAAAGCAGGGAGGAGCUAGGAAGUCAGACAUAUCGAGUUGAUUAACUAGCUAGCGAGAAGAAACUAAGAUUGCAUCCAUCCCCUUCAUGGCCGGCCUGAGCGUGCUCCUAGAGACCCAGGAGAGCAGCUGCAUCAGGCCCCAGAUCGUGAGCAAGGCCACCCUCCAUAGCCCCAAGAUCCCGUCCUCCUCCCCGUGGUCGCCGGCGGCGACGCCAUCCGCAACCACUACCGGCUCCUUCCUGCAGCGCUGCUUCCUGUGCCACAAGGAUCUCGCCGAGAACAAUGACAUCUACAUGUACAGAGGGGACAAGGCGUUCUGCAGCGUGGAGUGCCGGUGCCGGCAGAUCUUCAUCGACGAGGACGCCGGCAGCAGCAGCAGCUUCUGCACCAACGGCGCCUCCGCGCGCUCCGGCCGCCGUGCCAGUGCCACCGGCGGCGGCGGCGGCGUCGUCAGCUUCGCGUACUGAUGUGCCCCACCACCGAACAACCGGACGGACGCACAUACAUGAACGUAACGUACGUGUGCGAAAGCAACAAGAAAAGAAAAGCGAGCUGGUUCUAAGUAGAGCUGGUACUACUAGUACGUGACAGCUCGUCGGCGGGCGCGGGGCCCGCGCACGGGGAGCGUACGUGUCUCGCGGUCGUACCUAACGGAUAAGACGGCCGGACAGCUGGCCCCACCUGACCUGAAGCGGAUCAGGAUCCUCCAGUGAAAUGACGACACUUUUUUUUAUAUCUUCUUUAUUGUCACGUCUCCUCUCCACCCGGUGGAGAUUAGCGUCUGCACGCAAGGUUAAUCAAUUAACUAAUCAUGGCGAGAGGUGAGCUCAGGAAUCUGUGAUCUGCAGCGAGAGCAUUGCAGAGUGAGUGAUUAGGAUACAGAGGUUUGGUUUGACCUGACUAAUGUCCCACAAGGAGAUGGAGCUGUUUAUUUUUUCCUAGUAGGGAGUAUUGCUUUCGUUCAAUGUUUGUAUUUUUUUUCUUGGUGUAACAGUAACAGCUGGUAUUAAUUGGUGUAUAUUGUUUGUAUUUAA